AAAAGGUAAUAGUCGAACUGCACUCGGGUAAAAAUCAGGUAGUAAUUUAUUGAACUGCACUCGUUCAAAAAAAGAGUUAAAAUGGAAAAACCGUGGAAACUUGUUACGAGUCGAACGUGUAUAGUGAAAACCCGUUAUAAAUAUUACGAAUCUUAUGUUUACGAACGCUACGGCGAGCGUAUCUGUUUAAUAGCAUUAUAUAUAUUAGUUUGUGAAUGCCAUUUAGAUAACGCAGAUAAUUAUUGUCACCAAAAAUCGACAAAAGAAUCGAACCUAACUGGAUAAUAAAUAGUUAUCAAUAAAAAUAUAAGAUUAAUACUUAUAUUUUAUACCGUGUAACACAUAGACUUUUGUAAACUACAUUUAGUACUCACUUUUACGUCGCUGUGUAAAUAUGGACGAUUUAAAAAUUAUUAAGAGUGAACGAGGCCGUGACUUAAUUGUGUAUUAAAGUUAUACAUUUUAUAAAGAACAAUUUGUAAAUGAGGGUGUAAAUGGCGUUGUACUCAUCGUGGUUGUCUUUCAAAAUUAUAUUUAGACGAAUGUUCUACAGUUAUUUUUCGGUGUGAGUUAAUACAUCACUAUGAAGAACCACUGAAUUUACCUCGGAAAAUGAUUUCAAACUCAGCAAAGAGAAAAGCAGCUGACCAAGUAGUUGGAAGAAUGCGUGAUCCCAGAAAAGUAGAAAGCUAUAAAUCCACAUUCAAAAAGUUGAAAAGUAAAUUUGUAGUAAACAAUGAAAAUUACAUGUCAUAUUUGGUUAGAUUGAAGAAACAAGGAUCUGUUGGAUUUCAUCAAAUAUAUCAUACAUCUAUGUAUAAAAUAAGAAAAAACAAUUAUUACCCAGGGAAUUACAUUAUUGAUAUGGAUAUCCACAAAGAAGAUUUUGAAUCAGAACUUGAUCAGUUAAAACCGAUGGAAGAAAUACCAAUUGAAAAUAUUAAUUUAACAUAAUAAAUAAUCAAGUGUAAUUUAUAUCUAUUCAAUAUUAAUAACACGUUUAAAUAUUUGUGAGCUUUAAUUUAAGGAAUUUAUUUAUUGAAAAAUAAGUGUUUCAUAAUUUCACUGAAUUUACAAUAAAUAAUAAUUAAUAAUA